AUGCGCCCUGCGCCCCUCUUUUUCAUCUUGGCAGCUCCGGCCACCACUCUUGCUCAAGGAUGGGACCCUACUAGUGUCGUGUCCGGCUCGCCCCUCUCGAUCGCUAAUCUCCAGAGCAAGAUCAAGACGGUGGUCAUCAUGGUGAUGGAGAACCGUUCGUUUGACAACUUAUUGGGUGGACUAGACAUCUGGGGUUUGGACAACCCGACCAAUAACGGUCAGUUCUGCAACCCGCUCAACAUCUCCGACCCGAGCCAAGGUCAAGCAUGUACCGGUCCGACAGACUACAACUCCAUCUUGGAUGACCCUGAUCACUCGGUCAUUGGUAACAACAUGGAAUUCUACGGUACCUAUAUACCGGACAACAGCGCCAUUCAAGAUGGAUCUCUGACACCUUCCAUGAAUGGAUUUGCGGAUGAACAAAUCUUUCACUAUGGAGCUGAGGUCAAUGCUACUGUUUUGGGAACCCAAGUCAUGCACUAUUACUCGGAGGAAGAGAUCCCUGUCCUUGCAGAGUUGAGUAAGAACUUUGUCGUAUUCAACAGGUGGUUCUCAGAUAUACCCGGUCCAACGAAUCCUAACCGGGUAUCUCUUUGCUCCGGGACGUCCAACGGAGCUGGAGCCAACAAUUUUGCAUACAACGCCAUGCCUCAAAAGUCCAUCUUCCAGGCUCUCACUGAGUCAGGACGGACGUGGAAAGAUUAUUUGGUCGACGACUCGAUCCAGGAUGCAAGAUGGUUCGAGUGGACGUAUUCCUCCGGUAACACGGAUAAAGUCGUCUACAUGGACGAGUUUUAUGCGGAUGCCGCGAACGGGACCUUGCCAAAUCUCGUCUACAUCAACCCUUCAUGUUGUGGAGAGGGAACCAAUUCGAUGCACCCUACGGGGCCAGUCUCAGAAGGCGAACAGCUCAUCAAGCAAGUCUACGAAGCACUGCGAGCGAGUCCUCAAUGGGACGAGAUCGCUUGGAGUAGGUUAACGACAUUCAGAACUCGUUGGCCCGCUGACGAACACUCUUUUCCAGUUCUGACAUUUGACGAGACGGGGGGCUUUCAUGAUCACGUUUCACCUCCCCUUGCUACGCCUCCCGACGAUUUGACAUUCACAAGCACCGCUCCAAACGGACAGAACUAUACUUUUGGCUUUGAUCGGCUUGGAGGUCGAAUGCCUACAUGGCUCAUUUCGCCUUGGGUAGCCCCGAUUGUCGAACAGGAAGGUAUGAACUCUGCUCACCAGUUCGUCGCGUAUUCUGCGUCCUCAAUUCUCAGGACAGUCAGUUAUCUUUGGGACUGGGAGCCUUUCACGCCUAGAGUCGAGGCUUCUCCUGCAUUCGAUCAUUUGAUUUUGCCUUUCUCUCGGUGGACUCCGGAGACAUUGCCCGAUGUCGUCCAGUUCAAGCGUGACAACGUGCUUGCCGCCAAACCCUUCUGUCCCGAGGCGUAG